AUUUUCCUACAUAUUGUUUACUAGAUUUUUCUAUAGAUUCGAACCGUAAUCCAUUACCACGCCUCCUCACAGGCACACCUCACACGAGCAGCAGCGGACGAUAAGAGAUGUGCUGAAGCUGAACGGUGGCCAUGUCCACCGGACGCACAGAGGAGGCCGCCGGGAGCGCGGAGACGGCGUGCGUGACGGGCGCCGGCGGGUACAUCGCCUCGUGGCUCGUCAAGCUCCUCCUCUCCCGUGGCUACACCGUCCACGGCACCGUCCGCGACCUCAGUGACAAUAAAACCGCUCAUCUGAAGCGGUUAGAGAAUGCUUCCGAAAACCUCAAGCUUUUCAAGGCUGAUGUCCUUGACUACGACGCUAUGGCGGGUGCAGUCGCAGGGUGCCAGGGAGUCUUUCAUGUCGCCACUCCUGUGCCUUCAGGGAAGAUCACCGAUCCAGAGCGAGAGAUGCUGGGUCCUGCUGUUACCGGCACCAUAAACGCACUCAAGGCUGCGUCUGCUGCAAAUGCUCGUCGAGUGGUCGUCGUUUCAUCCAUGGUUGCCGUUGAGAUCAACCCGAAAGACUGGCCCAGAGACAAGAUCAAAGAUGAGAACUGCUGGUCAGAUAAAGAGUUCUGCAGGAACGAAGAGAACUGGUAUUCUGUCGCCAAGAUCUCGUCAGAAGAGGCCGCACUUGAAUACGCGAAGCAGACCGGGCUGGAUGUUGUGACGGUCAAUCCAGCUGUGGUCUUUGGCCCUCUUCUGCAGCCGACGCUCAACACGAGCUGCCAGUUCCUCGUCUACUUCCUGAAAGGAGGACCUGAUCGAAUGAGGGACAAGCUUUGGCACAUCGUCGACGUCAGGGACACUGCCGAUGCUCUCCUGCUUGUGUACGAGACACCACAAGCCUCCGGCAGGCACAUCUGCGCUCCUCAUUUCAUCAGCGCGCGUGACCUGCUGGAGCUGCUGAAGACGAUGGAGAGCAUCUACGACAUGGAGCACCCAGCUCCAAUGACGUCCGACAAGCUCAAGAAACUGGGAUGGAAGGUCAGGCCGCUGAAGGAAACAAUUGCGGAAACCGUUGAGUUCUGCCAGCAUGCUGGGUUUCUCGAGGACGUGGAGGGAUUCCGUUUUCCUCCCCUGUACAACAUAAUCUAGUUUACAAUAACGUCAGUAGUGUAAGAGCAACUCCAACGGAAUCCGUAAAAUUUACACAAAAACUUUGAUUUGGAGGCUCUCUAAAAUAAAUAGCUCGCUGGAAAGCAAGCUCUGAUAGAUCCGUCAUUUAUCGCUGUUUUUUUUUUAAUCCCGCGGCAAGGAAGAUGCAGGUUCUGUUUGAUUGCCCUAGACCAGCUAGGUAUGGCUAGGCCAGGAUCCUGUUCGUUUCCCAAUAAAGCUUUAUUUAGGUAAUCUAGUAUUAACCCAAUCCACUUGUUGAGCUGGAUUAGGUGUAAAUUAGCUUAAGCACCUCAAUACGUACCUAUGUAUUGAGCUCAAUACUACAAUUUCA